CGCCGUUGAAGGAGGCGCGCAAGCCUUUCCGGUGGAACAGUCUCUCGCGCCUACAGUGGUGGAAUCGAACGUCCCCGAGCGCACACGGCGUAGAGGAGAGUACGGCGCACGAGCCUCUGGAAGGAAGAUAACGGUUUCUUUUUGUUGCCCCCCGCUCCACUCAAACGGCAAGAACAAACCAAACCUGCAUUUUUUUGGGGGGGUUUUUACAGAGUCUUCUCAACACCAGGAGGAGGGAAGCGAGGGAUUUGGAGCCGCAAGUUUUUUUUCUUUUUUUUUUCUGUUUUUUUUUCUUCUUCUUCUCCCUUUCUCCCCCCUAAAAAAAAAAAAAGAAAAGCGGAUUCUGUGUCUUUGUCGCGGGUGGUUUGUUCUCCGCUUCCUCGCCGCAAAGAUGAUGGUCGGAGAGGUCGAAGUGAAGGAGCGACCGAGGCCGAGUCCCGACUAUUUGAUGCAAUUAUUGAACGAGAAGAAGCUCAUGACCAGUUUGCCAAAUCUCUGCGGCAUCUUCACACACCUGGAGAGGCUUCUCGAUGAAGAGAUCAACAGAGUGCGUAAAGACAUGUACAGCGACACAGUGAAUGGCCUUGUGGACAGACACCCUCUGGAGCUGCCUGAGCCUAUCGGACCCAUCGUCCACCUGCAGGAAAAACUGUUCGUGCCUGUCAAAGAGUACCCUGACUAUAACUUUGUGGGGAGAAUCCUUGGUCCUCGGGGACUCACAGCCAAACAGUUGGAGGCAGAGACGGGAUGCAAAAUCAUGGUGCGAGGCAAGAGCUCCAUGCGAGACAAGAAGAAGGAGGAGCAGAACAGAGGGAAGCCAAACUGGGAACACCUAAACGAAGACCUUCAUGUCCUGAUCACAGUCGAAGACUCACAGGCCAGAGCUGAGAUCAAGAUGAGGAGAGCAGUGGAGGAGGUCAAGAAGCUCCUCGUGCCUGCCGCGGAGGGAGAAGAUAAUUUGAAGAAGAUGCAGCUGAUGGAGCUAGCGAUUCUCAACGGGACAUACAGAGACAACAAUAUCAAAACACCCACCCUUGCAUUCUCUCUUGCAGCGGCGGCAGCGGCCGCUCAAGGCCCCCGUCUCAUAGCGGCCCCCACGGGUCAGGUGUUGCCUCCCCCGGCACUCCGGCCCCCAACACCAGCUGGGGCCCCCAUCAUGAACCUCAUCCGGCCCUCUCAGAUGGCUGCCAUGCUGCCCAAUGGCACCCCCACCCUGGUGCCUCCCACACCGGAUGGCGGGCUUAUCUACACCACCCCUUACGAGUACCCAUACACCCUGGCACCCACCUCCCUGCUGGAGUACCCCAUCGAGCACAGUGGGGUUCUAGGUGCAAUGGCUACUAAAGUGAGACGGCAUGACACGCGGGUCCAUCCUUACCAAAGGAUUGUGACCGCUGACAGAGCCGCCACCGGCAACUAACAUAUGACCUUCUGACCUCUGAACUCUUCACCCAAUGACGAGCCGCCCCAAGCCUGCCUGCUGAUCAGUUAACUGGUAAUUGCCUUUUGCUAGCCUCUCGGACGCAAGUGAGAGAGAGAGAGAGAGAGAGAGAGAGAGGCGCCUGCCCGUACAGUUACCCUAACACGUUCUGACAAAAAAUAGAAACCAACGCAGAAUCUUCACAGAAACACAACAAAGCCCAACAAAGUUGUGUAAUAUUCAUUUUUUUCCCUCUGUUCAUUGAGUUCAAUUCCCAUUCUUUCUCUUUCUUUUUCUUCAUGAAUCAUAUACUGGGUGGAUGUGUUUGUGGUAUUACUCAUAAAUCUGCACUGAAUUAUAUAGCAAUAAAGACCCCCACCCCAACCUGCCCACCCGCCCUCCUGUAAUCGCUCUAAUUUGGUGACCUCACUUGUAUGAAUCAAAGUUGAAUAUCUAUUUGACGCAAACCAUUUGGUUUCAGAGUAAUGACAUAACCUCCCUCAAAUGUAAGAGCCCCCCCACUCCACCUGCUCCCACCCUGUUCCAACCCACCCACCUAACAGGAGAGAAAAAGAAAUAGAAGGAAAGAGAACAUACACUCGCAUUAACUUGUUUAAUUUCUGUCAUUUUUCACAUGUAGUGCAGUUGUUGAGCUCUAAGAUGUAACUAUGAGCUGACACAUUCUGGGUGUGCACCUCCAAACAGCUUUUCUUGUCUGUUUUUAAAAAAGCAUGGCUGAAAUGAUUGCAAAAGGAGCUUUUUAUGAUUUAUGUGUUUUGUUUUUUUUAUUCUUCUGUCUUUUUUUGUGUGUGUUUUUGCUUUUUACUUUUGAGUCAUUUUCUCCACUUGAUUUUUUUUGGUUUCUCUGUUGUUCAUAUUUGACUAAUUAGCUUUGCUUAAAUUGACUUAGUCAAAAUAUGGCGGGUGGUUAUCUCUGGAAAACAAAAACGCAAUCUGAUGUUUGAAGCAGGCUGCAGAAAGUAAGAAAUGAUGAUGGGCAAGAUGGGAAGGUCACUAUUUGGGAUGAUGGGUUUCUUUGUGUGUGUGUGUGCGUGUGUGCGCGUGUGUGUGUGCGCGCGCGUUUUUAAUUAAUACUACGAUGAAAGUAGGGUGUGCUGAGGCUUCGGGGACUUUGGGGCAGUGCUUAUUAGCAGCUGACCAUUGCUACGCCCCCCCAUCCACACUACAUCCAUUAUACAGUGCCUGAUGUAUUUAGAAAAAUAUCUCGAUGAGUUAGCUGAGCUGUGAUCGAAAAGACAAAAAAAAAAAAAAAAAAAAAAAGUAUUAAGUGUGCAUAUUUAGCCAAAGGGUUUUCCAGUGAAUUAUAUCUCUGCAAUUAUGCAUCUGUCUCAUAGAGGGCUCUCUUUGUGAUUUUUAGAGUUUGGAAAGGUGUGAAUUUGUGGUGCCCGCCUUCAGCUGGAACAUACAGGCAGACAGUUAAAUGAUUUUUUUUCACCCGUUAAUACUCUAUUUUUGUCUGAGCUGGGUGAAUACAGACAAUUAACACUAAAUCAACAUGCUACUCAAUGACAGUGCAUUGCUAGCAGGAAGGGCACUUUGAAGUUCUGUACAUAAAUGCUUUUGUCAUGAUACCUGGCUUCUAUAUUGAGUUGUUCCAUCAGCCACAUUGCCAAAAGCGUGUUUAUUUGUUUAAUUUUCUUUUUUUUUUUCAUCUUAACAUUUGGCUUCGUUUGUGUAUUUUUAUUUUUAACCCCAUUUGAAUUUUUCUAGAGACAUCAGGUGGGCAAUAAUCUGAGCCUUCCUGCGAAUUAGAAAAAAACUUUUUUUUUUCCAGCAAUGAAACAUAUAUUUUGAACACGACGUACCAUCCCAAAGCGCAUCCACAAUGUGUCACACCUCCCUGUGAUCGUAGUGUAGCUCCUGAGCCCACAAUCCUUUGUUCAACUCUCUCAAGAAAAAAAUAGGAUGUGAAAGCCAUGCCUGCCUGUUCAAAUUGCUUUAUACAUACGUCUUAUAUAUAUAUAUAUAAGUAUAUAUAUAUAUAUAUAUAAAUAUAUAAAAAUGUAGAUAUCUGUCAUUGCAUUAUACAAAUACAGAAGAGAACAAAACAUAGAUAAUUUUACAGGGUGCUGGAGAAGAGAAAAAAAUUGAAAAAUCUAUUUUUGGCAAUUUUAGCUUUUGAUACUUUACUUGCAGUUACAAAAUCAGAAAAAAAACUAAAACUAAAAAAAAAAGGUUUAAAACAGUAUAAGGGGGAAAACAGAACAAAACUGAGUGGGUGAGGGGGGAAAACAAAAAAAAGUGCUGUUACCUUGGAUAUGAUUGGAAAGGAAGACCAAAACAGUCAUAACCCUUGAGAAGCUAGCGAGGAUCAGAAGCGAGACAGACUCCUAGAGAGUUUUAAAAGGAUCAAAUCAAAGUGCCUUAUCAACAGUGGUUUCUGUUUUCUGAGUAUUCCAGUUGUGUUCAAUAAUAUCCAGCACCCACCAAGAUGGCGCAGAGAGGAAUGGCUAGUGUUACAUGCUCUGAAUAGUUGAGCAGGGUAGCUCCCACCAUAUCGUGGCGUUACCGAAGUUAUUCUAUGCAAAAAGAAUAGCAGUCGUUUUGACCAGCUAAAAUAUGUGCCAUGGUUUUGUCUUCCUGAAAUUUAUUUGAUUUUAUUUUUACUUUUACCUUGACUUGAUGGCCCUUUACUCUGCUGUAUGUGCAGGUUUUGUUCUCUUUUUAUUUAGAUUUUAAUGAUCAUGAAAUAUUGUCCUGAUUAUUAUUUUUAUUUUUAUUUUUUUUGGUGACUGUGACUAACUUCCUAGAACAAAUUGAACUGCCAAUAGCAACGCAGUAGUCUGCCAGAACAUGUUUUGAUCAUGAGCUAAGAAAAAUACAUAACAUUCAAGGGAAGGGAUUUAAAAAAAAUAAAUAAAAAGUAGGGGGAGUCAUCCCUGUUGGUCUGCUAGUUUUUUUUUGUUUGUUUGUUUCAACAGCUGCAAACUGAAAACAUCCAGUCCAUGUCUCUCUGUGUCAAUUUGACAGCAAACUAUCGAUACAAUCACGAGAUUUAUAAUGGACAAAUGAAAUGCUGGAUAAUGAAACAAGCAACUCUAUUUCACAGCCAAAUAGUUUUCAGUUAUUGAAACAACUGACAGUUUAUUGCUGGAAGGUGAAAUAAACUCAUAAUAUCAAACCGAGGAAUUCAUAGACCCCGAUAUUCCCCUUGGCAGUUUGUUUUUUCUAUUCAUAGCUCUUUUCAUCACGCUGUUACACCGAAAGGUCAAUGAAUUUUUCUUUUUCAGUGUUAUUAUUUUAAAUUGAAAUGCAAUAUUAAAGUGGAGCAAGAGAUGGCUAUUCAGCAUUUGACAGUAUUAAGAAAAUUCCCUCUGCAAUGUUACAACUUGCUGUGUCAUUGUGAAAGGCUGGAUAAGUCCAUCAGGUGAAAGGUUAACUCUAUACCUACCGUAUUCUCUCUGGCCUGCCUACUACAUGUAUGAUAAUGUAAUUAACAGCCAUUGUUACAGGUUUAUAAUGUAUUUUUCUAAUCUCAUUUUAUAUGUAUAUUAAUCAUGUUUCUGAGUGCUUUUUUUUUUUUUUAUGAAACCCACUGCAACUUUCUUUCCCCCCUAAACUGCCCUCUCUUCCCCCCCCCCUCCCUCCAUCCCCCCUUCUCUUUUACAUCUAGAAAACUGUCUCUUGUGGGGAGUGUUGCCUUUUUUCCCUGUUAUAUUUUGUUUUGUUUUCUUGCCAAUUCCCAGCUUGUUUAACUCAUUAGCUACUUUAUUAGUUUUCUUGUCAUAAGUAUUUUUACAUGCUUGCAUUUAGUUUUCAUGGUGUUAUGCUGUUAUUUUUCUUAUUAACCUCUUGGCAUUUAUUUUAAUAAAACAUUCUUAGUAAGAAUUUUACUAACUUGCUGAUAUUUUGUCUUGUGUUUUUAACCAGUUUCAUGAAUGUAUUACCUUGGUCUGGUUCACGGACUAACACAAUUAAAACUGGUGUCUGGCCACCACUUACACUUGACUGACUGACUGACACGCACACCACAUAAAACACACAACACACUCACACUAGCCAAACUGUGCACAUAUGCUCUACAUGCAAACACUCAACGCACACACACACACACACACACACACAACCUAACUGGAAACUGCACGAGUUGAUAAGCGUCCCCCCCUCCUCACUCCCGCUCACGCACUCUCACCUCUGUGCUGGAGAAAUCUGCUGACACUCUUCAUACUUGCCCUCCCCGCUCAAUACAAACACCGCUGCUGUGUCUCGUUGUCUCUUGUUAUAGAGACAACUCUCUUGUUAGUUGUCCUGUCCUUCUGUGUCACUGACCCACCCCAACCCCCCCACCCCACCGCCGCCGCCGCCCUCCUUCCCUGUGAGACGACAGGAAGUGCCGCAGUGUCGGGGGGUUGGGGGUGUAAACUGCACAUUACUCGAGGUCACUGGUUAACUUCUGGGUGAGCUGUUCCCUCUUUAACAAAAGCACACUCUUGAUCUAAAAAGGGCGAUUUGUCUGUCUGACACAAUGCUUUAAAAACCUAAUCCCCGGAGAUAAAACUCUCUUGUUUUCCUCUUUCUCUAACCGUUAGUUAGUGCAGGAUAAUCUGUGCAAAAAAUACUGCAUAUUAGUCAUCUCAAAAGGAUUUUUACUGUGAACUAUGCAGAGCAGGACACGUCAUCUCAGCGCACAUAGAUGUUGUGAGUUACUUACAACACACACUCAAAUUUAUAGAUGACAGUUGUGUGAUAGUCUAAAGCUGUCCCCGGUCUUUGUUUUUUUUUUUUCUCCAUUGCUUCCAUGGCUUGUUAUGCCUGGAUAGCAGUAUUACAGUUAUCACCAGCUGUUGUCUGUUUGGUGAACACUUCUCCCCAUUCAGCUUAUUGAUAUAAUGGCUAAUACUGGGGCCAUUUGGGAGCAUCCAUAAUGCUUAGACACACACCAGUACACCAUGCCAAUAUGAAGUACUUUGGGAUCAAAACAACCAUACUAUUCCUUCCAGUGUAAAAAAACAAAUAAAAAUAAAUGCUGAUAUGGCUUUCAGCUAGCUAGUAUUUAUUUGGGGGUUUUUUUGAGGAGAGGGUGGGGGGGUUGUUUGAAACACUGCCAGUGUGUGUUCCCUCUACUACUGUGUCAGUGCACUCGUCCCUGGGUUCAUUCAGUUCUCUUGUCCUCUAUUCAGCUUUCUUCCUUCCUUCACUAAUUCAAGGUAUUGACACUGACACACAAGCAGAAGAUUAACUUCAUUAAUCCUGAUUAUUACUUUAACCCACUGAGUGAUGCCUCCAGAUUUUUUUUUUCUCCCCCCUCUCCCUCUCUCUCUCUUUUUUUUUUUUAUUUUUUAAUCUGCACAACAAAAGCAACUUGGCAUUAACCGUUGCAAAUUCUCAGCAAACAAAGAACGAGGAUUAAAAGUGUCCUAACAUCAAACUUUACGUUUCUCUCGUCUGGAAUUAACAUUCUGUCUCUCUGAUCUGAAAACGGGUGUUUUCGCCUAUAACACCUGCUCGUACACCAGCAACUAGAGACAGAUUGGAUUACUGGCAUCCAGCCUAAAUUGUUUUCUUUCCUUUCGUCCUUUUUUUUUGUACACAUUUGCUGUUGUGUGCCAUAAGCUAUUUCUAUUUAAUGUAGGUUCGGCCUUUUAAUGUUUCUGAUUGGCUCCUUUUGUGCUGUAAUGAGCAAUUUGAGCUAAAAAUCCGUCCAUUAGUCUCGCCUUUUAGAUGUCAGAGAGGUUUUCAGUGGCUUGCCUCAACCACCAAGCUGAUGGAAAAAGACAUUAAGUGGCAAGUUAUUUUCCACAGCACAAUGUAUUACAAACACUGCCUAAAAUAUUACAUCUGUGAGUGGUUAAAAAAAAAAAAAAGAAGUGCCUUUUUUCCAAGAGAUUGGGAAAUUAUAUAUUUUUCUACUUUAUCAUUCAAGUGCCAAUUUUCUGCCUCCCUUUAUCUCGCCAAAAGCUUUUUUGUUGAGCACAA